AUGGCGGCCGGCGGCGCGCCCGUGCGCCAGCUGCGCCGCGGGCCCGCGCCCAUUGCCUCCUUUGACCACGACGUCUCUGACGAGUUACAGUCAAGUCCAGAAACGAAGCAAUCAUUCCGGCUGCCGGAGAUCCGUGAGGACCCCGCGUGCAGCUCGGCGCUGGCGCCGCCGGAACAGCGCGCUCGCUCGCACUCCACGCCGGCGGCGGGUCUGCACACGCCGGCCGCGCCUCGGAUCGACAUUUCGCGUGCAUCUAGUUCCAGUCACCACGAUUCACGAGACAGUUCACCGGAGCUGGCGCUGUUUGCUGGUACUGGCAGCGACGACACACGUGGACGUCUAGAGUUGGGCUUCCGCGAGGACGGUGCUCUUGAACUGCGUUCGUCAACCGAAGAGCUGGCUUUCUUGGAGGGCGCACCCGGCGAGCCUCGGCCCGCCGCGGUGCCGGCGCCUUCUUCGCGUCGCCAUUCACGGAAAGACAGUCAAGGUUCGGAAGCAGCUUUGCUGGCAGUGUCUGGACGUACCAGUCGCUUAUCGAGUGUUGGGUCUCAGUGCUCCGCUCACUCUGCGUUGUCUGCCUUUAGCCACCAAAGUCGCGUAUCGGUCGGAAGACUCUCGGUAGUGUCUGGCAUUUCGCGGUCUCCCUCCCCACAUAGAAUGUUACUUGAGACAUCAUUUUGUGGACCCAAACCUAUUGAGACUGACCCCGAGAUCUGUGCGGCGGCUGUUGAAGAACGUUUAUUAGAGAUUGCAAAAAUGGGUGCGUCAUCGCCAUUAGGCACUACUCUGCCACCAGUCGACGCUCGCGAUAGACGUGAAGUGCGCACAGAAGCUACUGUGGAGCGAGCUGUAGCUCGCGCACCGCCGUCUUCACCGAUGCCCGUUCCCACCACGUCACCCCCUACAGCCGUAACGACAUCUAGCCCAGCGCCUAUCACCACACCCACAUCUAAGCCAGCGCCCGUAGUAGCAUCACCAAUAAUAGCAAAUCCCGUGCUCGACGAUGAUAAACUCCAAAAAGAAACUCAAAAUCGCGCCCGAGCCCAGGAGAGACGAGCGCGACCUCGUGUUCGCCGGGAGCCGUCCGAACCUGAAGUUUACAAAAGCGCUAAUCGCUCAAAAGAUAUAAUACGAAUAAAAUUAAAACCUGAUGACGACUAUGAAGAAGAAGACGAUAGCAGCUUACGAGCGGCCACUGCAGACAUGACUGUUGAGGCGGCCGCAAAGCCUGCGAGCCUGGAGCUGGCGGGGCGCGGCGAGCGCGCUGUGCGGCCUACCGAGCUGGUGGGGCGCGAGCCGGCCCCUGCCUCGCCCGGGUCGCGCCGCUUGCCGCGCGACAGCCGCACGCCCUCGCCCGCCGCCGUCUCUGUUUCGCGAAAGUCCUCCUUUUGUUCGUUGUUCAAGUCACGAGAAACGAUUGCUUCACCUGACUCACCAUCGGAUGCACUCCGACGUAAGAGAAGUCUUACAGAGGGUCGUUCGCGAAGCAAAAGCCGCGAUCGGUCUUCGACUCCGAACUCUGCCGGAAAGAUUAGAGGUUCAGUACUUUCGCUAUUCCGCACUCCGCGGAAAAGUGCAACGUCUCCUUCGGCGAAUUCUCGCGAUGGUUCUCCAGUAGUACAACCGCAGCGGCAAAUGGCAGUUCCGUCCCAACCUGCUGAACGUGGUCGCAAAGGCGAUAAACUUAAGUAUUACGAGGAUACAAAAGAUGGUAUCAUUCACAUUCCAUUACGUACACCUCCAGAUGAACGUCCCGGCUCAAGUGGAACUCGGCGCGAACCGGACGCUAGCAAGACGACUGCCGAGGUGAUGACUCACCGCGAGUCUGUGCGCCCUGCUUCCGCCCCGCAAACUCGACCAACAUCCGAUCACGAAGUCGUUACGGGUGUCACACAAAAACCUACGCAACGUACCGUUCUUCCCGAUGGUAGUAUUAUUAUACCGCUUCGGUCGCCUACAGAACAUCAAUCUAACCAUCGGAUUCCAAGUCCUCCGGUGGCCGAGUCUUCGACUGUAACAGAAGUAACAGGAACCAUCGAGGUACAACCGGUGACCGUCAGUGCAGAUGUUCCUCUGGUAGCAACCACGCCAAGCCGAGACGAUGCAGAAUGUAGUGUAGCACCCGCUGCUGAAGUAGAAACCGUCGAGCUCGUGCAACCCACCGAUGAAGUUAGGAGGAGACGAAAAGAAAGACUCGUAUUUACUACUCACGUUGGAAGCCGGGAACAGGUGUUCAGCACUCAAUUCAGUAUUACGAAAACUCCCAGUGUCACCAGCGAAAUUUCAGGUUCUUUUCCGAGUUUUGUGGAUAACGAGGAUAAUAUGCGUACCACUUCGAUUCGUGACAUUGCGCCCGCCAUCGAUACGCCUCAGGCUGAUUCCGGGUCGCUGCAUUCGGCGGCCCCUUCCGCGGGCGGCACGCGCUCGCAAGCCAGUCCAGCGUCGCCGCAGGAGCCGGUGAGGGACUCGUCCGAGUCCGAGCCCAGCUCGGAGUCGGCGCCGCCCAUUGCCGGCGACGAGGUCGAGAAGCGGGGGCUCGUGGUGCAGCAGUCCUUCGAGGAAGAGUUGCCGUACGUGCCCACCACCCUCCCGCAGGAGCGCUCGGUGGCGCUGCCCAUGGUGCCGGUGCGCGAGCGCGGCGGCGUGCUGGUGAGCGGCGUGUCGCGCCCGCGCGGCUCGCGAGCCUCGCCCGCGCCGCGCCCCGCGCAACCCGCGCCGCGCCCCGCGCGCCCCGCGCCCGCCCCCGCGCCCGCCCCCGCGUCCGAGGACAAGCUGCGCAUCCGCCUGCCGCGCCGCCCCAGCACCGCGGCCCCGGCCCCCAGGCCGCGCACGCGUACUGGAAGUGACAGUUUCGACGGGCGUCCUAAAACGGAAUGGAUUGACUUCGAGGAGGUCCCGGAGAGACGCAAGCAGCCGAAGCGCAUCCAGACGUUGCCGGCGGCGGGCGCUGCGCCCGUGCUGUUCAGCUACGUGGAGCCCGAGCACUGCCGCUGCGAGUGCCACGCGCACCCCCGCCCCGACGACGAGCUGCCGCUGCUGCAGGACCAGCUGCAGGACCAGCUGCAGGACCAGCUGCGGGACCAGCUGCAGGCGCUGCGCCUCAGCUCGUCGUCGCUGGAAGGCGCGGAGGCGGGCGGCGCGGCGGGCGCGGCCGACGGCGCGCGGCCCUUCACGGCCGACCUCGACCUGCGCGACGCGGAUUCGCGCGCGCACUGACCGCUAGCUGAAGCUCGGAAGCAGCCAGCACACCACUUUACAACUUUAAAGUUUUUAUAUUAUAUUCUCUAUUGACUGGAAGGAGAUGUUAUCAUUUUUGAGAUGUAAAUUUACCCAGUUCAUUAGAUAUAUAUAUGUAUAUUUAUAGCGUCGUUUAUAUCUCUCCUAUUAGCCACCGUUGAUCUUUGCAUUUUUGAUGUUUAUUGAAUUGUUCGAAAUGUAAAUUGUGAUUUUUACGAAAUAAUUAGUGUAGGUACAAGUGCAGGCCCGUGAGUACGUCAUAUUCAAGACAAUUCCUCGAUAGUAUAUGCUCAGGACCAACCUGUGAACAUGUCGCCCGUGGUAUCGUUGUUAUAUAAAUUUUACGUAGGUGUGUACAUAAUCACUAUGAUGAGAAAAAAUAUCUUUUAGAUUUUAAAACUAUCAGUUUUCCGGGGAUAAUGUCAAUCUAAUCAUCAGAUACUUUUAUAAUAUUUAUGCUUACAUACUUUGACUUGCCACUUCAGUUUUAAUUAGGUGCAGCGCAGACGGCACACUUUUUGAGCGAUCGAAUCUGCAAGGCGCGCAAAAAGUCGGUCACGGAUUUUUCACAGACUCAU